CUGCCGUACCAUCCCAGCGGAGCGGUCGAGGCGGAAACAGAUGAUUUGUCCUUUCUGAGGCUCAUUUCUUCCCGCAGAAGACUUCGCACCGUCGGUCUGGGAAAUAAAAACACGGGACAGGUCGAGCUUCACAGAUGCGGCGAUGCCGUUCACAGCAGACUGAGUCCACUGCUCCGAUGAGCCGCCGCUGAGUCCGAGCCCUCGUCGUGAACGCCGACCGGUGGGCGGGGCCUGCCUUGCCCAGGGGGCGUGUCCUGUCAUGGACAGCAGGAGCAGCAUCGACUCGCGGCUGACCGGGAGGGGAAUGGGAUCCGUGGACGCCAUCCCCGCCUCCGUGAGGGUGGAUUCGUACGACGCCGCGGAGAAGAAGUGCAUCUCCGACGUGAGGAGGACCUUCUGCCUCUUCGUCACCUUCGACCUCCUGUUCAUCACGCUGCUCUGGAUCAUAGAGCUCAACGUGAACGGCGGCAUCCAGACGCAGCUGGAGAAAGAGGUCCUGUGCUACGACUACCACGCCUCCUUCUUUGACAUCUUUCUGCUGGCCGUCUUCAGGUUCGCCGUUCUCAUCCUGGCCUACGCCGUCUGCAAGCUCCGCCACUGGUGGGCCAUUGCUGUCACCACGGCCGUCUGCUGCGCGUUCCUGAUCGCUAAGGUCAUUUUAUCCAAGCUGCUGUCCCAGGGGGCCUUCGGCUACCUGCUGCCCAUCAUCUCCUUCGUUCUGGCCUGGAUAGAAACGUGGCUGCUGGACUUCAAGGUCCUUCCUCAGGAGGCCGAAGACGAGAACAGAUAUCAGUCCUUCAUGGACGCCACGGAGAGGGCUCCCCUCAUGGGUCCGGGUCCUUUAUCCGACGGGCAGUUCUACUCACCCCCGGAGUCUGUGGCAGAUUCAGACGAGGAUCUGGACGACAAACACGACCCGGAGAAAGGGCUGAUUCAGCAGGUGACCUAACAGGCCGCCGGGUCCUGACGGACGCGUCCCGCUGCUCCCGUCCCGCUGCUCCCGUCCCGCUGCCGAGGGAACGUUUCUGCCUUACGUCUUCAGCUGUUUUAGUUUUUAUCCGUCUCCAGCGAGUCCACGGACGCAGCUCUCAGCCUUCUCAACCCUGGAAACGACGUCUGCGGCCACUUUCAGCACGUUCACCUUCUGAGGGAAUUCACUUUUAUACGGAAACGCUCUCAAAGUUUGGUUGAAUUAAAUGAAAUCAAUACUUUUUUCAGAGCUCAUUUCCAAUAUUCAACUAUAAUUCAAGCUACUGCAUUUUUGUUUUACACGUUUUUACUGUUAAAUGUUUACUUUUAAUUUGCUGAUUGUGUUUGACUGUGAGGGGAAGAAGCUGCACAGACUCUGGAUGAUGAAGGGCCGUCGGCUCAGAACCGGGCUUUUGGACCAGUUUGCAGUAAUCGUGACCAUGAACUCUCUUUGAAGACUUUUAAAGUCUUAAAAGAUUAAAAAAAAAAAGGACUGUUUGCUUCCAGGAGAGAGCGAAGAACUGCAUGUGGAAAUAAAAAAGAAGUUUAAUUUACAGAGGCGGUUCUGGCGCCAAAGGGAAACCGUGAAAGCUGCUGCGAUGUUGAAGUAUUACUGUACAUAUGUUCACGCAUGUCUCACAACUGCACAGGUUGGGUUUUAAUAAGAGCUUGUCUGCAAUAUGGAAUCAUUAAAACAAAGAGAGAGACAGAAAACUGUUGUAUUUAUUUCCCUCACGACUCGUCUCCAGACGCCUUUAAGACCAGAGAGUCACGUGACUCCUGACGGGAACUCUGAAGUGAUGAGUAAGUUGGUGCUCCGUCCGUCUGCCGUCACCUUGUUAAACAUCUGUACCAGGAAAGCUGCUCUAUAAGAUGAUAUUUAUGACACGUCCUACUUGGAGAAGGAGAGUAAAGAUAGGUGUAAAUCCAAGAUGUCAGGUCAACACAUGGAUCCAUUUUGUCCCGUUUUUAUUACAUUUAAAGAUCAACAUGACAGUAUUUAGGUCAGU